UAAAGAUGGUGUUUUUUUUGUCUACUUGCAAAUGUCCUGAAUCACACGUCGAAUCCAACGUGGCACCUCUCUCCAUUGUAUGCCAGCUCACUCACACUCUCUCCUCUUGGCUUUAUAAACCCACUCCUCUCUCGUUUGUCUCCUCCACCGAGUCAAGUGUUUGAGACUGUUGAGUGAGUUCUGAUAUAAAGAGAGAGAGAGAGAGAGGAUUAAGAAAACAAAAUGGUGGGCAUGGGUUGGUUCAUGUGUAUGAUGAUGAUGGUGUGUGUGGUUUCUUGUGGUGAAGCUGCUCCUGGAGCUAAGUUCGAGGAACUCUACCGCUCUAGCUGGGCUAUGGAUCACUGUGUCAACGAUGGAGAAGUCACAAAACUCAAGCUUGACAACUCCUCUGGAGCUGGGUUCGAGUCGAGAAGCAAGUACCUGUUCGGUAAAGUCUCUAUCCAGAUUAAGCUCGUCGAGGGUGACUCAGCAGGAACCGUCACUGCUUUCUACAUGUCUUCAGAAGGCUCGAACCACAACGAGUUUGACUUCGAGUUCUUAGGCAACACGACCGGCGAGCCUUACAUAGUCCAGACAAACGUCUACGUGAACGGAGUUGGAAACAGAGAGCAAAGACUCAACCUUUGGUUCGAUCCCACCACUGAGUUCCACACUUACUCUAUCCUCUGGAGUAAACGCAGCGUUGUGUUUAUGGUAGAUGAGACUCCUAUUCGUGUCCACAAGAAUCUUGAAGACAAAGGCAUCCCAUUUGCUAAAGACCAAGCGAUGGGAGUGUACAGUUCGAUCUGGAACGCUGAUGAUUGGGCAACACAAGGAGGUCUUGUGAAAACGGAUUGGAGUCACGCGCCUUUCAUUGCUUCUUACAAAGAUUUCAAGAUUGAUGCUUGCGAGGUUCCGACAACGGCUGAUCUAAGCAAGUGUAGUGGGGAAGAGCAGAGAUUCUGGUGGGAUGAGCCGACUGUGUCUGAGCUGAGUCUUCAUCAGAAUCAUCAGCUUAUUUGGGUUAGAGCUAACCAUAUGAUUUAUGAUUAUUGUUUUGAUGCGGCGAGGUUUCCUGUUACUCCUCUUGAGUGCCAGCACCAUCGUCAUUUGUAGUCUAAGGGACAAUGUUUGUGUCUUAACUUUAGUCAACAAGUUGUUGUGAUGAAAGAGAACAUGUUGUGGCUCUUUGAUGAUUCUGUUUUUUAUAUAUAAAUAAUCAAUUAUCUUUUGAUUU